AUGUUGUUCGCAUUCGCGCUGCUGCCGCUCAUUUCAUUACUAUCUCUCGGACACGCCUACCAGGCCCUCGAGGAUGAGACGCUCAAACACCUGCCCGGGCCGGGCGAUGACUUCGACAUAAAGAAGGGCUCGAUAUUGGCGCCCAUCUUGAUCCCCAGAGUCUCGGGGACGGACGGCAAUGCCCUUGUUCGCCAGCAUUUUCUGAAUUUCUUCAAGUCGCAGCUGCCGGAAUGGAGGAUAGAGAUGCACAACUCGACGUCGACGACGCCGGUGAGCAAAGGCAAGGAAGUGCCGUUUGUCAAUGUUAUUGCGACACGCGAUCCACCGGGCAGCUUUGAGGGGGAUGUUUCGCGCCUGGCCUUGGUCGCGCACUAUGACAGCAAGUAUACACCAAAAGGCUUCAUUGGAGCCAUCGAUAGCGCAGCCCCAUGCGCCAUGAUCUUGCACAUCGCUCGCAGCAUCGACGCGGCGCUGACAAAGAAGUGGGCUGCGGCGGACCCGGACGACUUUGACGUGGAGCACAAGGGAGUGCAGAUCCUGUUGCUCGACGGCGAGGAGGCCUUCAAGACCUGGACCGACACGGACAGUCUGUAUGGCGCGCGAGCUCUCGCCGAAGACUGGGAGUCGACUUUCCACGCCGCAUCCUCGAUAUACCGCACCCCGCUCGAUUCGAUCGAUUUGUUCCUGUUGCUCGACCUCCUUGGCUCCAAGGGCCCAAAUGUACCGUCCUACUUCAAGACCACGCACUGGGCAUACAAGCACAUGGCAACGGCCGAGGCCCGCUUGCAGAAGCUGGGCUUGAUGAAGUCCUCUCCCAAUCACGAGUCCAAGAUGGCCAAGCGCAAGGACAAGAAGCCCCGCGCCGAACGCCCCUUCCUACCUGACGCGAAUAAACAAAACGAUGCUUUCAUGGGCGGCUUCGUGCAGGACGACCACGUUCCUUUCAUGGCGCGCGGCGUGGAGAUCCUGCACAUGAUCCCAACGCCCUUUCCAAGAGUGUGGCACACAAUCGAAGACGACGGAGAGCACCUAGACAUGGACACGGUAGAAGACUGGACAAAACUCGUCAUGGCAUUUACCGCAGAGUGGAUGGAGCUAGAGGGCUUCCUCGACUUCAAAGCAGAAAAGCGGGAGACAAAGGGCAAGUAUAGGCACAAAGCAAGUUCAGCGCGCGCCUUUGACGAAGGACUCUUGAAAGACAUGUCCACGACAAGUAAACCAAAGAAGGAUAAUCCCGCGCUGUAUGGGGGCUCGCCAGAGCCUUCAAAACUCAGCACAACCCGUUAUGCUGCUGUACACAGGCGGGGCGGCACACAUAAAGUGCGCGACGAGCACAAGACUGACUCCAAAUACGAUAACUACAACUACAAGGAGCUUGUCGAUCAAGCAAAGGAGCGCGGCAUCUAUCGCAAGGAUAUGAAAAAGGUUGAGAUGGCAUGGGCUUUGAAACACGAUGAUGAAGAAGAAAGACGUGCGGAGCAAGAUGCCGUGCUCGCACUCCAGCGAAAGAGACAAGAGGCGAAAGAAGAGGAGGAAAGAAGAGCUGCACAUAAACAAAGACAGAUUGAAGAAAAGCACGAGAGGAGGAUUGAAAAGGAAAGAAGGCGACAACGCGACGAAAGCGUCAGCGACGACACGCUAAGCGACGCCGACAUCGAAGCCCAAGAAACAAGUCGAAACGAGUACGCGCGCGAGCAAUUCGGCCAAGCCCUCAGCGACGAAUCCUGGAACUCGACAUCGACAGAAUCAAGUCCCGAACCCAUGGACCGCGACACCAAACCAGACUGCCGCCUCCGCCUCUUCGAAUGGCCACACGAGCAACUACCAGAUACCUACCCACCACGCUUCUUCUCCUUCUCCGAGCCCAAACCACGGGCCAUACCCUAUGCCCCCCUCCGACUCACCACGACCUCGAGUAAGCAGAAACUCGUCCUGCCAGGCUCCAAAUAUCCGACUGGCGUCGAUCCAGAUUUUUGUCCCAUGCUCUCCCCACGCACACGGUCCGCAGCACGCAACGGCCAUUUAAUCGGCACGCUCCAGCACGCCGUUGUAGAAAGCGGUGUGCACUGGGCUCAGCGCACGUUGGUGCAGGGCUGGAAUGCACAUAUAUAUUUUCACCUGGGUUCUCGUCUCAACGAGAGGGAAGAUGCAAAGGGUGGGAAGAAGAGAUAUCGACUCAGUUCAGAGAAUCGCGUUGAGUCUCUCAGUUCAGCUAAGACACGAUUGAUACGUGUACGCCGCGCGUCCCUUACAUUAUCCUUCGCAACCGCAUCAUCGCCUUCAUCACCAUCCUCCCCUAUCACCAUCACCAGCGCAACGACGCACACCGAAUACCAUUUGUACACCCACGGUCUCUCCUCCACACUCUCCGCCUACCGCGCCAGAUGGCUUGCUAAAGGUAAAACAACCCACUGGAAAACUUUCGCUGCAAACCUGCCCACGUUGUGGCCAAGCGGUAACAUACCCGAUGUGCCGCCUGUAGAAAGCAGACCUGGAGCCUGCCUAGCGCUGAAGAUUGCGGCGAUUGAUAUCUCGGGUACGGGUGGAAAGACAAUGUUUAGUCCAUUGAUGGGUGGGGAGGCAUGGACGGGGAAUGAUGAUAAGCUUUGGGAGAUUGUGGAGGUCGUGGAGGGUGUCGAGAACAAUGAAGAUGAAGGCAACGAGACUGGUGAUGAGAGUGACAGAUUUGGUGGGGACGAAAAAGAUGACGAGGAAGCAGAUGGUCAACUUGAGGAGAUUGGCCACGGGAACGAUGACGAAGCGUUGUACCGACGUGGUAGUAUGGUCUUUGCACACGACAAGACGUACAAUGAUCCGGCCAUAGCGUGGUUGGACAAGAUCAGUCAGAGACUUGCUCCGUCAUCGACGUCAAUGAGGUACUGCGCAUGA